CGAAUAAUAAACAAUACUCAGAAAAGUGAAAAAAAGAAAUAAAAAAAAAAACAGUAUUUUAAUAUAUUUUUUAAAAUUAGGUGGAUGAGAUGAGAAGCUCUGGACCUUUCGCUCCGAAUGGCGGUGCAUUUUGGACGCGUCUGAGAAUCCGUAACAGAACCCGAUAUUCCCGCUGAUAUUGGACACAAUAUUUUCCGGCUUGAGAUUCCGCUAGAGUUACCGUGAUGGUGACCAACGAUUAUAUCACCGUUAACGGCAACGGUAGUGGGGUUUUCGGUAAGACGGAGGAGGAGUAUGUCAGGAGGCUCCACAAGCACGACGUCCAAGACCACCAGUGUAGCUCUUCGCUUGUUAAACACAUCAAAGCUCCUGUUCCACUGGUGUGGUCUUUGGUGAGGAGCUUUGAUCAACCGCAGAAGUAUAAGCCGUUUAUUAGCCAAUGCAUUGUACAGGGUGACCUUCAGAUUGGAAGUGUGAGAGAGGUGAAUGUUAAGUCAGGUCUGCCAGCUACAACUAGCACUGAAAGGUUGGAGCUGCUAGAUGAUAAAGAGCAUAUUUUUGGCAUGAGGAUUGUUGGAGGAGAUCACAGGCUCAAGAACUACUCUUCCAUUGUUACUGUACAUCCAGAGGUCAUUGAGGGGAGACCAGGAACAUUAGUAAUCGAAUCAUUUGUGGUGGAUGUACCAGAUGGAAAUACCAAGGAUGAAACGUGCUUUUUUGUUGAGGCUCUGAUCAAAUGCAAUCUCAAGUCUCUAGCUGAUGUCUCAGAGCGUUUGGCUGUGCAGGACCGGACAGAGUCGAUUGACAGAAUCUGAGUCUUGGGGGUCAGGUUAGUAAGAUAGAGGUUCCCUUACGGUGUGGGUGGAGAAUGUGAAGCAUGUUAUGUGAAAAGUGAGUAGCGUAUUUGGCAUCUACAGACAUGUUCAGCUUUUCUUUACAUACACUUUAUGAUCUAUUUCUUUCACUAAAUUGAUGUUGGGUAUCUUGUAUUCGUAGUGGCUGACAAUCGAGGCUCAUCUAUGGUCUACAAGUUUCCUAAAUUAGAACAAACAAAAAAAACAAAAACAAAAAAAAGUAGGUUUCUCUCUGUGAUUUUUCUAUAUUUCAAUAAUUGGGUAUGGUAUGUAUUGAUUUCAGAUUGUAAAUAUUUUUGCAUGAUGAAUAUAUGUUAUAUUUAAACUGCUUACUGUU